CUCCUGCACGCUUUUUUUAUUCAUCUCAACGAAAUAGUGUUAUUUUGUUUGUUUUUAGGAUUGAAUUUUGAUGAAGACCAAAUCAUUACUGAAGAGACGUUAGCGUUUCCAUUCGAUCAUUUUGCUUCUUCUGCUCCGCAACUCAAAGGCGCGUCGAUGGGAAAAUAAAGAAAGCUUAAGGUGGGAGAGAAAGUCAGAGCAGCAGAAAUCGAGCGGGAAAGUGCCCCUACUGGCUUUAAGUUUGUACACGAUGAACUCAACAUACACAGAGUUUGUCGCCACAAGAAGAAUGGGAAUAUGUGAUCCGAUUCGUGAAAUCGGGAUGUGGGGAGAGUUUAAUGGAAAUGGCUAUUCAAGUGCCUCAGCAACCAUGAUUUUAGAGGUUGAGAAGAACAUGGGAAGCGAGAUGCCAGUUUGUGAGACAACAUUUAACCAAGACACUGAGGAAGCUUUGCAUGAAAUAGCCGGACCUUCUAACAAAUAUGAAGAGACAUCAAGUAAAUCAACUGAUAAGGUCUUGAGACGUCUUGCCCAAAACCGUGAAGCUGCGCGGAAAAGUCGCUUAAGGAAAAAGGCCUAUCUUCAGCAGUUGGAAAGUAGUAAACUCAAACUGUAUCAUUUGGAACAAGAACUAGCUCGAGCAAGAUUAUGGCAGGGUACAAAACAAACUAGUCACUCCGGAACUGUAAAAACAGGCAUUAUCGCAUUUGAGAAGGAGUAUAGAGAUUGGGUGGAAGAACAAAAUAGGCAAAUUGACAUCUUGAAGAAUGCUUUGCAUUCUGAAGUUAGUGACAUGGAACUAGGAAUUUUGGUUGAAGCUUGCAAGAGUCAUUACAUCAAUCUUUUGCGCAAGAAAGCAACUGCUGCUAAGGCGGAUGUUUUCUACAUUAUGACGGGUUUGUGGAAAACACCAAUUGAACGUCUUUACCUAUGGAUUGGGGGUGUUCGCCCUUCUGAGAUUCUAAAGAUUGUCUUGAAGCAUGUCGGUCCCUUAGCAGAAAAUCAACUUCAGAGUGUUCAGACCCUCCAACGAGCAUGCCAUCAGUGGGAAGAGGCUCUAUCACAAGGAUUAGUUAGACUGCAUCAGUCUCUGGCUGAUAUUGUUGCAACUGGACUUCGGGGUAAAGCCACCUUCCUGCAGCCUGCAGUGGAAAAUUUGGAUGAUUUCGUGAAGUUUGUAAUUCAGGCAGAUAGUCUUCGCCAAAUGGCCCUAGAAAUGCUCACUGGCGUGUUAUCUACACAGCAAACAGCUUGGGGCCUUCUUGCUUUCGGAGAGUACCUUCAACGUCUCCGUAAUCUGAGCUCAGCUUGGACAAAUCAUUCAAAUACACCAGCCUAAAAUUCUGCCAAAUGCACAGAAAAAGUUUUUCCACUUUCAAGAUCACCACAGCUGAAUUUGCUAUACAGCUAUCUCCCAUUCGCUGUAUUUGCAAAAGGUCUCCAUCACGCAGAUAUAAAUCGCAGCUGCUGUGAAAUUUUGAGGCUGCUGCCUUGUAAAAAGUGUUGAUGAAAAUACAUGUAGUUAAAAUUUUAUUUUCAUUUACAACUCUGGUGUAUAUACUCAAAUAUGUGCUUAAACAAUAUCCUGAAUCUUAAGUCUUAAC